AUGGCAGUUUCUACAGUCUGCGAGAGCCCAGUGGUGGUCCCUAGCCCAGCUGUAGGAGGCAUUACCCAUGGUAGAUUCACCAUCAGUACCCACCUAGGCAAGGAAGAUGACUCCAAAACCAUCUACUGCCUGCCUGAUCCUACCAACGACAGCAUGAGUGUCAGCAGCGUGACCCAGAACAGUACCUUCUGCCUGAGAACCUUUGGCUACAACACCCUUGAUGCAGUGCCCAAUUACCAGCAUUAUUCCAAAACCCAGAUGCCAGAUGAGCACAAGAGGACCAGACCCAGCCUGGCAGAUCUCCGCUGCUACAUGAUGGAAAUGGGACAACAUCCACCCCCAAUGAAUGAGAUUAGACCUGACGAUGAAUGUGGCAAAGAAAGGGAGGUGGGGUUGAGUAACAGUAAGCUUGCAGAAGAACCUGUCCGAUUUGGCUGGAUAAAAGGUGUUAUGAUUCGAUGUAUGUUAAAUAUUUGGGGUGUUAUCUUGUAUUUGCGAUUGUCAUGGAUUACUGCACAAGCAGGAAUAGCUUUAACAUGGUUAAUCAUCAUUAUGUCCGUAAUUGUAACCAGCAUUACAGGUCUGUCCAUAUCAGCAAUAUCUACAAAUGGCAAAGUCAAAUCAGGUGGUACAUAUUUCCUUAUCUCAAGGAGCCUCGGCCCAGAGCUUGGAGGCUCCAUUGGGCUCAUCUUUGCUUUUGCAAAUGCGGUGGCAGUUUCCAUGCACACUGUUGGCUUUGCUGAGACUGUGAAAGAUCUCCUUGUUGAAUACAAUGCAACAAUUAUGGACCCCACAAAUGAUAUACGGAUUAUUGGAGUCAUAACGGUGACCGUGCUACUUGGGAUUUCACUGGCUGGAAUGGAAUGGGAAGCCAAGGCACAGGUUGGCUUCUUCUUUGUGAUCAUGGUUUCCUUUGCAAACUACAUUGUGGGGACGUUUAUCCCAGCAUCGAAAGAAAAGCAGGCCAAAGGCUUUUUCAACUAUAGAGCUGAGAUAUUUGCCCAGAACUUUUUGCCUUGCUGGCAAAGUGACGCGUCCUUUUUUGGCAUGUUUUCCAUUUUCUUUCCCUCUGCAACUGGCAUCCUGGCAGGUGCAAACAUCUCUGGCGACCUGAAGGACCCUGCUGUAGCCAUUCCAAAGGGAACCUUGUCGGCUAUUUUUUGGACAGCUGUUUCCUACCUUGUAAUUUCUGCUACCAUUGGGUCUUGCGUGGUACGUGAUGCCUCUGGUAGUCUGAAUGACACCGUUCUUGUCGGGUCAACAGAUUGUGAGGGCAUUGCCUGUGGUUAUGGCUGGAACUUCACUGAAUGUGCUCAGGCUGGUACAUGUACUUAUGGACUCAUUAAUUACUACCAGACUAUGAGUCUAGUGUCUGGAUUUGCCCCUUUGAUUACAGCCGGAAUCUUUGGAGCUACCCUUUCCUCUGCACUUGCCUGCCUUGUGUCUGCACCCAAAGUCUUCCAGUGUCUGUGCCAGGACAAUCUUUAUCCUGGUAUUGGUUUCUUUGGGAAGGGUUAUGGGAAGAACAAUGAGCCCAUUUACAGUUAUCUCCUCACUUACGCCAUUGCUAUUGGUUUCAUUCUCAUAGCGGAACUGAAUAUGAUUGCUCCAAUGAUCUCCAACUUCUUCUUGUGCUCCUAUGCACUCAUCAAUUUUAGCUGCUUCCAUGCUUCAGUUACCAAUUCUCCAGGUUGGAGACCUUCAUUCAGAUAUUACAACAAGUGGGCCUCCCUGUUCUGUGCAGUAGUUUCCGUGGUUAUCAUGUUUUUACUAACGUGGUGGGCGGCCCUCAUUGCUAUUGGCAUUGUUGCUGUCCUCCUGGCAUAUGCAUUGUACAAAAAGCCUGCUGUAAAUUGGGGGUCAUCAGUUCAAGCUGGUUCCUAUAAAAUGGCAUUGGCCUAUUCAAUGGGACUUAAUGAAGUGGAAGAUCACAUUAAAAAUUACAGGCCUCAGUGCUUGGUUCUUACUGGUCCUCCUAACUUUCGUCCAGCACUGGUAGAUAUUGUGGGGGCGUUCACCAAAAACCACAGUCUGAUGGUGUGCGGGAAUGUGCUAAUCGGUCCUCAUAAGGAAAAGGUGCCUGGGGUAACCUCAAAUGGACACACCAAGUGGCUGACAAAGAGGAAGAUCAAAUCUUUUUAUGCAGGUGUGGCUGCAGAUGAUUUACGAAGUGGAACGCAAAUGCUAAUGCAGGCUGUAGGUCUUGGGAGGAUGAAGCCUAACGUGCUGGUGAUGGGAUUUAAAAGGAAUUGGCAAUCUGAUCACCCCCAGAAUGUGGAUAAUUACAUUGGCAUUAUCUAUGACUCUUUUGACUUGAAUUAUGGUGUAUGUAUGAUGAGAAUGAAGCAGGGCUUCAAUAUUUCAAGAAUGAUGCAAGCACAUGUGGACUCCAGUACUGUCGUCGCUCAACAGGCUAGUACCAUUUUCCAAUCGGAGCAAGGCAAAAAGACCAUUGACAUCUACUGGCUCUUUGAUGACGGAGGCCUCACUCUCUUAAUCCCAUAUUUGCUCACGCGCAAGAAGAGGUGGCGCAAUUGCAAGGUUCGUGUAUUUGUGGGAGGUCAGAUUAAUCGUAUGGAUGAGGAGAGAAAGGCGAUGAUUACUCUCUUGAACAAAUUCCGCCUUGGUUUCCACGAGGUCCACGUCCUGCCAGACAUCAAUGAGAACCCGCGUCCUGAACACUUAAAGAGAUUUGAAGAUCUGAUUGCUCCCUUCAGACUGAAUGAUGGCUUCAAGGAUGAAGCUAUUGUUAAGGACCUGAGGAAAGAUUGUCCUUGGAAGAUCUCAGAUGAGGAGAUUAAGAACAGCAGGACAAAAUCACUCCGGCAAGUGAGAUUAAACGAGAUCUUGUUGGACUACUCCCGUGAUGCUGCACUUAUAGUUGUUACAAUGCCAGUCGCAAGGAAGGAUAAAUGCCCGAGCACAUUGUACCUGGCAUGGCUGGAGACCCUUUCUCAGGACCUCCGUCCCCCUGUCGUCCUCAUCCGAGGAAACCAAGAAAAUGUCCUGACUUUCUACUGUCAGUAACACUGGCUCAAAGACUGAUCAUUCAUUCAUGUUAACACACUUGAACUAAGUAUUUGCACCAACAAUUAACAGCAAAAUCAUGAGCAUUUUUUGGAAAUUUAUCGGUAAAGCUGUAUCGAGUUUUGUAUGUCUGUAAGUUUAGGAUUUGAAAGUACAAAAUAGGCGACUUGGAAUUAAGAGCAACAUGAAAAGUUACAGUGAAGGGAGAAGAUGGUUUCAUGAAUUGGAGAAUUUCCUAAAGUGUAAAAUCUUACCCGAUAUGAUUGUGACAAAGGUACACGUAUCUCCACAUCCUUCUCAUAGUGGUUGACCACAUCCUCCUCCAGGACAGCUCUCCAUUGUCAUUGAGCUGCGUAGGACUCCUUUGAUCUUAUUCUAUCCUUAGCUAUCUAAGCAUAGCCAGGGUAUCACUAACAAAUUCAUCCCUAGUCAUUUUUUCUCCUCUCUCCAAAGAUCUGUUCUUGGCUCCCACCUAUUUCCCAUCUACAUGCAGCCUCUCUGUGACAUCAUCUGAGACUACAGUGUUAACGUUUGCAAACAUUGACACCCAACUCCAACCCUACCACCUCUGUCGACUCUUCUGCUGUUGCUAAAUUAUCAAACUGCUGAUUUGACAUCCAGUAUUGGAUAAACAGAAGUUUUCUUCAAUGAAAUAUUGUGAAAUGUGAAGCUGUUGUUUUCGAUUCCCACUCCAUUUUCUAGUUGCCAAUUCCAACCCUAUCUCUAGAACAGUGUGAGAUGAGUUCAAUCUGCUCAUAAGCUUUGCAUCACAUCUGAGUUGAAGCUGAGUUUCUGACCUCAUAUUCACACUAAGACUGUCUAUUUGAAUCUGAAUGAUAUUGUUAGACUUUCCCUGUUUUGCUUACUUGCUGCUGAAACACAGAUCCUUGCAUUUGUUACCUCUAAACCUGCCUAUUCCAAUACACUCCUGGAUUACAUCCCAUAUUCUACUCUUCAUAAGCUUAAGGUCAUCUAUAAACUCCUAUGUCAGUCUCUUAACUUGCAGCAAGUACCAUUUUGUUAUUACCCCUGUGCUCGCUGAUGCACAGAAUUCUCAGCUUUGUUUUCAAACUCCUCUAUGACUUUGUUAGUUCCUAUCUCCUCCUGCUCCAUAACUUCUGUGAUAUCUUUACUUAUUUAAUUCUGAUCGCUUGAGCAUCUCCAUCAAUAUCAUGCCUUGGCUUGCUUAGAAUCUGAGCUGUGGCAUUCUGUCCCUACAUCUCUCACUUACUUUGCUACCUUUAACCUAUCUCUAUAACCAAGCUUUUAUUCACCUGACUUAAUAUAACCUUAUUGAUUAGUUUCAUUCUUAUUUGAUAAUGCUCCUGUGAAGUGCCUUAGGAUGUUUUGACAUGUUAAAGGUGCUACACAUAUUACAACAACUUGGAUUUCUUUUCACCAAAGUAGUAAUAUUAAUGCAAUAAAGGAAAAGUCAACUUAGAAUGAAUAUUGAUAUAUAUGAUACACCAUGCAAUUAAACUUAGUCGCGUUGCUCACCGCAAUAUCCAUUGUAAAGCAUUGGAUAAUUUGAAUAUAUUAUGCUGUCAAGUGUGUUUAUCAUGGAUUCAAGAGAGACUCUUCAGAGAAAGAAACUAGAAAAAGCAGGGUAUGACAUGUAAAAAAAAGUGUUGAGACUGUCCUGCGGAACUCUGCCUUAUCCAAAAUACUCGGACACCAAUUGUUUAAACAACUAAGAUGACAGCAGUCCUUAGUGGUGUGUCAUGUUGUUAAGUGUGGUGCAGCAGGAGUGGUGGGGUGCACUUCUGAGCUGUGAUUUCCUAUACCAUCAGCUCCUGAUCUUGUCAAGAUGCACAAUUCGUAACAGGAAGACAGGAUUAGAGCUGAAGAUCCUUGAAAGAAGAUUCCUGGAACUGAAGGAGAUUUAAUCAGCAGGUCACCACUUUGGGAAGUGAUGCACAAUUUGAUAGCAAUCCACAAGAUGGCUACUGAAUCAAUAGUUUUGAUUUUGAAGACCUAGAGCUUAAAAGUAGAUAAAAUUCAGAUCAUUGAUUAUGCUCUUCUUAGACAUGUAACCUUUUGAUAACAUUGCCCGAGGAGUGGGUUCAUGAUUGAUUGCAGUAAAUAAAUUGAUAAAUUUA